CAAUUUUGGUAUUUAUAGGUCACAUUUGGAGAAGGGAAGUUUUAUCACGACGAGCCUUUUGGAGAUCUGAGCAAGAUAGCUUAAGAUAACGCUUGACCUUCUCUAACACAGGUUUCAAAAUGAUUUUCUUUAGAGGUGAACAACAAUGGAUAUUAAUUGUUACCUUUGCACUAACAGUACUACAUAUAGUGUCAGGAAAUAGUGUCUGUCUACAGUGUAGUAAUCUGCCCCACCCCUGGGAUUGUAAUAGAGCUAUAAAAUGCAACGCACAUGAAUCCUGCUACGUGGAACAGGUGGUGACUAUAUCAGGAAUCAUUGUUUAUAACUCGGGAUGUGCGUCCGAACAGAAAUGCAAAGCAGGUGCAAGUUUAGGUGGGAAAAGGUCGGUAUUAUAUACAGAAGAUAUGAAUCAGCAAAAAAGAAGUUUUGAUGCAUUAAGUGAUUCUCACGACAAAUCUGUUCAUGACCAUCACGUUGUUGAAGGUCCUAUUGAAGAAGCAAGCGUGUAUGAGGAAGCCGAUACAGAUCUCACAACAUGUUUGAAAUGCUGCAAUGACUCCAACUACUGCAACCAAAAUCUGUGUGAUAACACUUUACAGCCGACCCAUCCAAAUCAGACAUACUGCUUGAGUUGCUCAGAUGUUGUGAAUCCCUCUGAUUGCGAAUAUCUUGUCCUGUGUAGUAAAGGGCAGCUGUGUUACACGGAGUAUAUCAAUGAAGGUGCAAUGGCAUGUGCCAAAACAGUUGCUACCAAAAGUCCUUCACCGAGCUUGGUAGGAAAGAAAAGAUUUGUGGCAGACGAUCAAAUUGGGAUGGAAAAAUACUGCAGCAAAUGCUGCCAGGAUGCCGUUGGCAACUGUAACCGAGAGCUCUGUGGAAUGUCAAGUAACAUAUCUUCAGGAAUUGAUGUUUUAGAGCUGAUCACGCCUCCGGAAAGACAGGACUUCUGUGUAGAUUUAUUCCCAGCAUCAUGUCAAAUAGUGAUUCUGCAGUCUCCAGAGCUUUGCAAAGACCCCAGAUACUCCUCGUAUGCAUGUAGAGAAUUCUGCGGCACAUGUGUCAAUCCAGGCCAUAAUACAGGUAAACCGCCAACAACCGUCCAAGGUAGUAAUACAGUAAUAUCUAUUACUCCAACAAAACCGGCUACUACAACAGUACCACCAACUGAUUGUUUCUAUGACAGUAACAAAUAUAUGGGUGCUUAUGCAACCUCUGUUUCUGGAAAAACUUGUUUGACCUGGUCUCAGCUUGACCCAACACUUGCCGGCUUCCCUGAUGAGUCAAUAAUUGUUGCUGCCAAUAAAUGUCGGGAUCCAGACAAGCGAGGUUUCCCGUGGUGCUACGUAUCAGAUUCUUUUGACUGGGAAUUUUGCCCAGUGCCAUAUUGUCAGGAGUGUUUUUAUGCGAAUCAAAGUUCACAAUAUGAAGGCUAUGUAAAUGUUGAUAGCGAAAACAAUACAUGCAUGUCCUGGACAAAUUAUGUUGCGAAGACUGGAGACACUAACGUCAAUUUUCCAAAUAACUCAGUAGCAGAUGCUCAAAGCUAUUGUCGUGAUCCAAAGAGUACAGGGUCACCUCAGUGCUUUAACGGCGUCGAAUUGAAGCCGUGCAACAUAACACAGUGUCCACAUGAAUGUCAAGACGAUCCGCAGACGAAUUGUGCAUUAGUUCAAAAAUUUGUGUGCAAGUCUGAAUACACCAGCGCUACUUUAUGCCCGAAAACGUGUAAUAUGUGUAAAUUUGGAUUACUCCCACCCGUAAAAUUGGCUCCACCUGCAGAUAUCUGCGUCGAUAACCCUGAUGCAAAUUGUGCCAUUCUUCAGUCUAUCAUUUGUUCGGACCCUGAAGGUGCUCUUAAACUUUGCCCAAAGACAUGUCAAAAAUGCAAUUUAUUGUAUGGUCAUUCUACAACCUCCCAAAUGACAUCAUUAAGUACACCUGCAACAAUACCUGCACAAACUGGAACUGUAACAACUACAAACACUCAAUCGACACCCCUUAUGACGUCAUCAUUACCACCAACAACGCCUACCACUUCUCAGCAACCCUACUGGUUACCAUGGGGAAGUUGGCUUUGUCAAGAACAACAAGGUGCAUGUUUCCAAAGACGAGAAAGAAACUGUUCGACUGGGAGCGAUAACGAGUGUAUACAAAGUCAAGGUGGAAAACAAUACAACGUUGGUUUGUGCACUGAAAUUUCAUGUCCAGAAUUUUUCAGCACUACAACGCCACCUACAACAACUCCGAAAGAUCCAUGUCAAGAUGAUCCAACAUCUAUUGGCUGUACAAUACCAGAUAUACUAACUGAAGUAUGUAAGGAAAAGGCAGCCGCCUGGAAGCUGUGUCGUCGGUCGUGUGGCUUGUGUGACUCAUGCUGGGAUUACCUAAACUGUUCUUCAAAAGGGGCACAAAAAGUGUAUUGUGGCAGGGAAGAAUAUGCUGUUCAGUAUUGCAGGAAAACAUGUGGGAAAUGUGCCCAAAAGCCUGUGGAUGUGCAGUUGAAUAAAUGUGGAGACCCUGUGGCUUCAGAGGUAAUCUGUGAACAGCUUCAGAAUGAAAUUUGUAUUUGUAAUGACCCCGAUCUUCGUGCGCUUUGUGGAAAGUAUUGUGAAAACAAGUGCGCAGUAUAUGGCUACCCGUACACUGGAUCAAACUGCCAGCCAGCUAGGCGGAAGAAAAGGGAAGCAAUUCUGAACCAAAUCGUGUUAAAUUGAAAUUGUGUAAUAACUGUAAUAAUUAUAGUAAAUAAAUUUGGAAGAGUG